UGCUGGGGUGCUGCGGUGGGGUUGCAUGGCGUUGCAAGGUUGCAGCCAUGAAGAUUCACGGUAUUGUAAGUGUGCAUCUGUAGGGUGGUAUUUCAAGGGUGCGCCUACGGGAGUGCCCGGCGUUGCAAGGUGCACCUCUGGACGCGUAUGUCAUUGCAAAGGGUGCAGCUGUGGAGAGCCAUCGCUGCACACCCUGUCCGAGGUGCUCUUCUGCCAGCCGGACACGCCGUCGCUGGGGCUGUCGGUGGCCUUCGACUCGGAGCAGCUCUUCUCAUUCGAUGUCCCCAGCUCGCAGUGGCUGCCGCAGCUCCCCGAUGGCCCCGCGUGGCCCACAGGCACCGAGCAGCCCCAGGAGCUGGAGCACGACACCACGCUGUGCCUCAGGCUGCAUGACGUGCUCACCAAGAUUGCCACUGAGCUGCCAAUGCCUGAAGCCAAGGGCAUCCCAGUGGCUGACGUCUUCCUGCAGCAGCCGUUGCAGCUGGGCUAUCCCAACACACUGGUCUGUAUGGUGGGCAACAUCUUCCCCCCGGCCAUCACCAUCAGCUGGCAGCGGGACGGCAUCCCCAUCACCGACGGCGUCACCCAGCUCACCUACAUCCCCAUGGAGGACCUGAGCUUCAUGCGCUUCUCCUACCUGGAGGUGACGCCUCACUCUGGUGACAUCUACUCCUGCAUUGUCACCCGCGAGAGGGACAACAUCUCUGUGGUGGCUUAUUGGGUGCCGCAGGACCCCAUCCCUUCGGACACGUUGGCCAUGGCGGUGUGCGGUGCGGUGACGGCGCUGGGCGUCCUGCUGGCACUGCUGGGUUUGGGGCUGCUGCUGUCCGCCCGCCGGCAUAGGAUGUGGGGACAGCGGGGACAGUGGGGACAUCGACCCCGUACUCAUUGGUAUCCUCCACGAGUUGCUCCCUCGGCUUGGGAACGGUGGCAGUGAUGUAAUUAAAGCCCUUCGUUUGCA